UUUCUUUUUUGUGUUUGUCAGUGACAGUUACUACAGAAAAAAGUGAAAAUUUUUGUGCAUUCAAAAAUACACUUUCUUCGCUGCAUUUUAGGCUUUGUAUAGUCGAAAUAUUAUACAAAAAGAUGCGAUAGCCCCUGCUGCCAGUGGCCAGGCACUAGCGAAAGCUUUAAUUCUCGCCAAAACGCAAUUGGUACGCCGGAGGAAUAGGAGACUGUUGCUGCUGCUGCUGAGAAGAGAUUGUAGGCAGAAAAAAAAUUCAUUCGCUCGAAAUCUAGUGCAGUUGUGGAUGUUGAUUGCAUCGUGAAUAAGAGGAAAUACAUUGCAUUCGAAUAUUUAAAAAAGGAUAAUUGGCAAGCAAAACAAAAAAUGGAACCCGUUCAGUGUGAACCAUCGAGAUCGUCGUCGUCCGGUGGCAGGAAACGUAAGCAUUCCAACGAUGAAAACGCACAAGAGCAACCGAACAUGAAAAUUCUGUCGGUGGAGCUUUCCGACAUUGAGCUCCAGAUUUCGUUGAUGGAUUUAAGCGAUGAGAUUCUGAUGGAAAUUUUCUUGAACUUGGACAGCAAUUCUCUAAUCGCGCUGUCCGAAUGCUGUUCGCGCCUCAAUGGUCUCAUUGAAGACAGAAAACUGUGGACCGUAGCGGAUUUUACUUCAUCACCACUGUGUGCUUCCAAUUUGCUGCGAAAUAUAAAACACUUACAGGUCGAAACUCGCACACUAAAAAUUCGUGGAAUGACCAGUAUCUAUCCAUUGGCUAAAUGGAAAACGUCAACGUUGACGUCGAAUGUACUGCUCCAGAUAAACAAACGUUGUCCACAGCUGGAGCAUUUUGAGAUCAUCGAGGGAUAUAUGGAUACCAGCCAUAUAGCGAUCACCUCGUUUCCACCCAGCAUUCGAACUUUGGUGUUUAGAAAGUGCGAAGCAGAUCGCUUAAUGACACCGGAAAACAGGAUGGCGUUUCUAUCGAAAAUUGAUAGAACUCUGCAGAGACUAGAGGAACUCACAAUAGAAUACUGCAGUUGGUUUGAGACACAUGACUUCAUGGCUCUAUCGAAAGUACCACACCUACGUUAUCUCAGUCUUAAAGGAUGCGCCAACAUGAAAGAUAGCGUUCCGUACGCAAGCAUAGCAACACGAUUUGGGUUUAAAAAAUUAGAGAUUCUUGAUCUUCGCGACACACCGAUAUCGGAUUCUGACGUAAGCUGUUUCAACAUAGUACAAUCUUUGAAGGAACUACUACUGGAAUGCCCUGAGUAUCUACGCACUGAGCGAGGUUUGAAUGAAUAUAACGAGGCCGAACGUAGCCGCUUCGAGCAGAUAAGACGAAUAGCAAAUCAGGAUAUUUUCAAUCCGGCAGUUGGCAGACGCCAAUUUCCGGAAUGGGCAAAUCAACAACAGGAAAACAACGGUCAGCAGCCAGAGGGUGAAAACGCCGCUGAUCCAGUGCCACCUCCGCGUCCGCCACGUCCCCCGCGGCCAUAUUUCUUGGGCGAGGGGCGGAAUGUGUUCCGUUUCGUUAAUCGUCAUUUCUAUCCAAAUUUGAAUGAGAAUAUGCCCGGCGAGAAUUUAAUCCGGUUCAUCAAUCGUGCCGAGGUAGAUCCACCGGCUAACCAACCUGAGCAACAGCAACCAAACAAUAACAAUAGACCGCCGAAUGCGGAAGACGAACAGCAGCGACCUGCAGUUCCCCUAGCGCCACUGCCACCGUUGCCGGAUAAUCCUGAAAUUCGACGCCAAGUUCGCAUAUUGUACAACAACAGGAGAAACAUCAUACGCAUCAUUAAUCAACCAGAGAGGAACAAUAAUGUGGAGGAUAACAACAACGAAUUCCAGCAGAAUCAGCACCGAGCCGGGGUUUUGCCCCCACCAGUGGAGGCGGCCUAUCAACAAAUAUUUGAGGCUGGAAAUCGCGACCGAGCGGAACCGGCUGAGGAGGAACCUGCUGCUGCUGCGGAUAAUGUGGUUCCACCUGCCGAUCAGCCGCCACCACCACCACGGGAAGAAGCCGGACUCGAAGACGAAGCGCUGGUCGCUCCCGACAAUAACGCUAUCGUAGUGAAUGGCGAUGAGGGUAUGAAUGGAGUAAAUGAUAACCCACCAGCUGCUGAACAACCGCCACAGGAAGAAAUGAAUGUUCGCGUCAUUUUGCACGGUCCCAUCCAGAAUAAUCAUCCCAGAUUGAUGCCGCAUGUGUUCAUUGUGCACAAUGUGGAAAACAACAACCCCGUGGCUGAAGUUGCCGACAACAAUCAGCGCCCGGCAAACGCAUUCUACCAGUAUCUCAACCUUGGCCCCGGUGCGCCCGGACCAAACUUCGUCUCGCUGGUGAGUGAUCGUGGAAUUUGUGCGUACGGUGUUUCCCGAAACGAGAUAGGGGUAGCGGCUUUCAUCCGUGAGUACUUCCGACCCAAUAUGAGCAACCUCGAGAAGCUGCUAGUGCGAAACUACAAACUUGUAACAGACACCUCGUUGGACCAUCUGGAAUCAGCGGCACCAAAUUUGAAACUGCUCGACGUUACCGGAACCUCGGUCACGGCCGAAGGUGUGCGCAAUUUCCGAAUGGCUCGCCCCAACUGUACAAUACUGUCGGAUUUUGAAUAGAAUGUAAGGAAAUGCGUGUUGACUAACUUUAUGCUGCAGGAUCGGACCGAGCGUAUUAGUUUUUAGAGAAACAACCUCCUAUUUUAAUCUGCUUUUAAGGAUUGUAUAUUUAGGUGGUAAUAAAGAACACUUGCUUGACUACUUCCUAGGGAUCGAUUAUCCGAGAAAACAUUCGUGUAUCCAAAGGCGAAUGCACUGAAAGUGCGAAGCCCCUAAAAUAAAAAAAAAUUAAAUACGGAACCGCCGAAAGAAGAUGAAAUCGUAACACUCAUACAUGAUUAGGUGAAAAAUAAGUUUAGCUACCCAUCCUACCCAACACUUACUUACGCGAUGUGGCUUUUAACUACAUGAACUUCAAAUAACAACGCACAGCUGUACUGUUUUGGUUCGUACGCGAGAAAAAAAACAUCUUCAAAUAGUCUUUUAUGAGAGAAAAACUUUUUAAAAAUAAGAAACAGUAAAAGUAAACCCAGAAUAUUCUAUAUGAAUGUUAGGACAAUUUGCAUGUUUCGGAUAUAUUUCAUUCGCACUGGUUCUUUCUAUUGGAUUUGUGUGUUUGGUCAGAGAAAUCCAUUCAUUUCUCAAGUGAAAAUCUUUCUGGUUCAUAAAUUCUUAUCCAACAGAGCGAAAUUUUGUUAUUUUUCGCCAAUCAUCGAGCUCACAUUGAAAUAAAAUUCGCAGAAUAAAAUUUCGAGACAAAACUAUAGUGAUGAUCCUAUCAUCUAUGUACAUUAUACAGCGACUGUUUUUUCGAACAAUAUAUCUCGGAAAAUACCACUAUCUUUAUUUAGAUUACACAAAGAUUGGACAGAAAAAAAAGAAAUAGUAUUAAUGUAAAACUUUUAUACAUUUUUAUUUUGAAAGGUCAAACAUAUAUGAAGAAAUAUGUCUAAAUUAUUCUAGAAUCUUAAAAAUUGAAUCAUAGAAAAUAAAUGUGCAGUAUUUGAAA